CUGUGACUGUGGAAGGCUUGCGUGUGUGUCGGCGUGUAGGUGUUUGCGAGUGUAUUCAGUCCGCGCGCGACGGCCGACGCAGACGCACGCGCCGCUGCCGAGUGCCAUGUCGCGCUAGGCGCGCCCCCAUGGUGUACCCCGAGGCGUCCCGCUGGGGCGCGCCAGACGCCGCGCUCGCCCCCCUCUACGAUGACGUCUACAGAGUUGGAAUCGAGAUGGCGAGAUGGCGGGAUGCAGAGAUGCAGGCCUAUAACGUAAGGUAUGAGUUAUUAAAUGACCUGCGACUUUCGAAUCGGCCUACAUCGCGUGUACAUUGA